CACACCAGCACCAAUCCUGCCCUGUGUAUUGAGAUCACAUGGAGUUCUGUAACUGCAUCUCUGGGAUUAAUAGGAACAAUGUAUAUUAAGCAAUGUUUCCCAUAGCAGUCAGCUGGGUGAGUGAUGGCUAUGGGGGAUAAGGUGUGUCCAGCCACUCACUACCUGGGAGCACAGCCAGACACUCAGUCACCGCCUGCUGGAACUACACGUGACCUUCACUCAGCUGAGAGCAGGCUGCACUUGGGAUCAGCUGAGUGCUGGGAGGUUGAUCACACCUGAUGCUGACCCAGGCUCACCCACCCAUUGCUGCUCCCAGGUCCCAUUCCUCCCUCCCCGACUGUCUCAUGCUGCCCACAGGGGAGACAUCAGAAGUGCUCCCAGAGAGUGCAGGGAGAAGAGAGAGCUCAGUAAUGUCCUCUGGCUAUGAGAGUUCAGGGAGAACUCCCUGGAGAGAGAGCUCAGCCAUGUCCUCUGGCUAUGAGAGUGGUGAGGUGCAGAUGUGCCACACGGUGUAUCCCUGGCACUCUAACCACCUGGGGGAGCUGAGUGCUGGACAGCUCCUGACAUGGAUUGAUAUCACUGCCUGCCUUGCUGCUGAGAGACAUGCUGGCGUGGCCUGUGUCACAGCGUCUGUGGAUGACAUACAGAUUGAAGAGACCGCCAGGGUUGGACAACAAAUCUGCCUAAAAGCAAAAGUCAACAGAGCUUUCAAUACAAGCAUGGAGGUUGGAAUUAAAGUUUCAGUAGAGGACCCUUUAAUGAAUAUCACAAGACACGUUUGCACAGCUUUUUCUACCUAUGUGGCAAAACCUGCUGGUGGGAAGAAGGUUAUUCUAAGACCAGUUCGACUUCAGUCUGCUCAGGACCAUCUAGAAUACAGUCUAGCUGCGGAACGGAGGCGAAUUAGACUGUAUCAUGAGGACGCCUAUAACAAUCUAAUGGAAGAUGGAUGUGCAUUUUAUGACCUAGAUUGGGAGAACGACAGUAAUAAAAUCUCAACAGACCGCACCUGUGUGGAAAGCAUUGAACUGGUUUUACCUCCUCAUGCAAACCAUCAGGGGAACACAUUUGGAGGGCAGAUCAUGGCGUGGAUGGAAUCUGUAGCUCACAUUUCUGCAAGCCGGCUAUGUCAUGCGCACGCCAUUCUGAAAUCUGUGGAUAUGUUCAAGUUCAGAGGGCCCUCCACUGUGGGUGACCGGCUGGUAUUUCGCGCCAUCGUAAAUAAUACUUUUCAGAAAAGUGUUGAGGUUGGUGUCCGUGUUGAAGCCUAUAACUGUGAGGAGUGGACAGCAGGCCGAGCUAGGCACAUUAAUAGUGCCUUCUUGAUCUACCAAGCACUGGACAACAAAGGAGAGCAAAUAUUGUUUCCCCGGGUCAAAGCCAAUAGUAAGGACCACAUCAGGCGUUUCUGUGGUGCUAUUGCUCGGAGGAAGAUUCGUGUAGCACGGAAGUACAUCCUCUCAAGCAAGCCCGAGAAACCAAUUUCCCAUCCAUGGGAUAAAGGCAAUCAGACCUACCUAAGCUAUAAUAAUAUCGCUGCACUGACUGUCCUUGCUGCAAAGAGUGGAUGGGAGCUGAGCAGCACAAUACAGAACAUCAAAAUAUUUACUCAUGAUGAAAAUGAUGUAUUAUCUAUUAAAGUGGAAAUGCAUGUGAAAGUACACCCAAGACAAGCAUAUCUUCUCCUGUCUGACCUUGGAUUAAGGCCAAACUGGGACAUACACUACUUGAGCUGUGAAGUUAUAGAGACAGCUGGUGAAGAUGACAAAAUAUUUUACAUUACCUGUCCACCAGUAAAGCAGAGCAAGUCCAGUGAUUUUAUAACUCUGAUGUCUCGUAGAAUUCCGUACAAGACUGGAGAUCCCUAUGUUAUAGCCAUGAGGAGUGUGACCUUGGCAUCGUAUCCCCCAUCUGCCGAGUAUUUGAGGGGCGAGGUCCAGUGCGCAGGUUUUCUAAUCUACAGCCUGGGAAAGGAUUCCUGCCAGGUGUGUUACUUAAACCAGCUGACCUCUGGGAUAAUACCUUAUGUGGAAGAGAAUCUCACUGGAUGGUCCAAUUCCAUUGAAGACACUGCCUGUGCAUGUAUCCGAUUCCUAGAAACGGCCAAGGUUUACACAACGUUACUCUAGAUAAAUAAUGCACCUUCCCAGAAUACAUUCUGCACUUUACGGUUUGAAACCUGAGCAAAUGGAGCUGAGGGGUUACGUUCAUCCAAAGGUGGAAUACAGUGGUUAAUAUUUAUAGCUCAGUGACACAGAUAACCUAAACUGUCUGUACAUAGAUACAUUGUCUUUUGUAAUCAUUAAAUCCAUUAACUUGCUCACGAGGAAGACACUAGUGGCAUUUUAAGUUUUACUGCCAUGCUAACCUGUAGAAAGUUGUUGGACAUUUUUGUUUUGUAUGGAUGACGUGUAUGUUGCUGUUGUAAAUAGUAAUGCUCUAUGGUCUCUGUUUAAGUGAACCUGUCUGUUCUUCUGCAUUACUCUCUAGAGAACUUAAAAUAUAUUUUGUGUGGCAGCCAAACUUAGUACCAAAUACAUGCAUCUUCUAUCUUGGUUCACUGAAGGUGUUUGAUCUCCAGUCCUCAAUUGUCCGGAAUCAGAUUACAUGUGGUUCUGACUUAAACAUCGCAGGAUUAAUCAAAACGGUUUAAAAGAAACACAACAUUAAAUACUGGAUUGUUUUCAGUCAUUGUGGUCUGUGGUUUAACAAAACUGACCUAAACUGUGUUUUGACUUGUACUGUAGAUCCAGACUGUGCCCAUCACAUUUACAGAAUCCCAUAACUUUAAUCUCACUGCCCACCCCUUAUUUUAUUUUCUUCUGAGAUUUUCUGGAAGUUUAACUUGUGCAGUAUAGAGAUUAUCCCCUCCCUUUCUACUGUACCUUAGUUCAGUCAGUGCCAUAGAUACGCAAUUUCUUCUUUUUUUCUUUUUUUCUCAAAGUUGAGGAAAACUGUAGUUCACUAAAAUAAUCUCUUAUUUGAGAAUAAAGGUCUGAAAUGGAUUUUAAGAAUUCAUUCAUAAUCUGUUGCUCUAGUAACCCUUCGUAACUGAGCUCAAAAGCACUUGCCUUUUUGUAUUAACGUAAUGUUAUUUAUAGCAUGAGAUACAAAUACAAAUCUUUUUGACAGAAAGAGCACAAUUCUCUGACAAUAUUAAAUUGUACUGCUUAAUUAAGGAAGCCAAAGAAUCGUCCACGUCUAAUAUAACUCUUGUGAGUAAAAAGACAAAUAUCCCUUUAUUAACUGCCAGUGAUUCCAGUACUGUCCCACUCCCAACCAUUCUUAGCAAUUGACCAGGUAAUUGUACAUUUGUUGCAGAUUCUGAAAAUGGUGACAUUCUCCCCAAAUCACCAUUGUGCUUCUAAUCUAAGCAUUGUUUGUUUCAAUGCAUUUUCUGUCUGUUAGAGGAUCGCGCAUUACAUCACUAAUUCCACUGAAAUGCCACUGGUUAAAGAGAAAAUUUCACCAACUUGACACAUUUUGAAGCAGGCAAAACAGGAUUGUUAGAUUGUCUUAAUAUGAACAAUUCAAUAAAAGAAAUGAGACCUUUCGGAAAUAAUAUUGAAGUAUUUCUACAUGUCUUUCUUAAUGUUUUUGAAUGUAUCCUGUAGUGCAAAUAUUGUCGGCUUUCUGUUCAGAUAUA